CGGUCGGGGUCUACCGUUGUUUAUUGUGUGUUUUCAACGAAUGACCUUUCUUUCACGACUGCUAUCAAUGAAAAUUUAAGUGUUGUCAUUUCGCGUCUUCUUUCUUCGCAGUCUUCCUGUUUGACUCCGGACGUAAGAAACCGUCCCCGUUUGGAAGAGAAAAGAACAGCUGCUGCUGUUUGCGAAUCGUGAAUGACAGUGAUGUAAGGAGCCGAAUCCAUCUGGCAGACCAUCAGUCGGUGUUGAGCGGUCAAUUGGAGUGGACGUGAUUUAUUUAUAUUAUACCUACUUAGCAAAGUGUCGUGUGGAAACUUCGAGCUGUAUUGAUCGGUGAAGCAUUACUAAAUACUUCCAAGCAAAAUGCGAUUGAUUUCUGUUUUGCUGCUGCUCACGGUGGCUACCACGGCUUACGGUACGCUUUUCGGAUCCAGCGUAAAGUUGAUUGAGAACCUGCACAAGAAGUUACGACGGAGAUACGAUGAACGAUUUGAAAAGAGAUUGUCGCCGGUAAUUUUUGUUCCGGGAGACGGAGGAAGCCAAAUGGAUGCCAUAAUCAACAAGAAGGACUCCGUCCACUUCUAUUGUCAAAAGUCCUCUAGUACCUAUUUCAAUAUCUGGUUGAACAAGGAACUCCUGGUUCCAUUCGUGAUCGACUGUUGGAUCGACAACAUACGCUUGGUAUACGACAAUGUCACGAGGAAAACGCAAAACGCGCCCGGGGUAGAGACUCGCGUACCCGGUUUCGGUUCGUCGGAAACCGUCGAGUGGAUCGAUCCUUCCCAUGCCAGCGAAGGGGCAUACUUUGUGAAUAUUGGCAAUGCAUUGGUUCAGAAUGGUUACAAACGGGAUCUUUCUGUGCGGGGAGCGCCGUAUGACUUCAGGAAAGCACCAAAUGAGAACAAAGAAUGGUUCAUUAAAAUGAAACACCUUGUCGAGGAAACGUACACGCUGAACGAUGACACGCCAAUCACCUUUAUCGUACACAGCAUGGGUGGUCCGAUGACGUUGCUCUUUCUGCAGAUGCAAAGCCAACAGUGGAAGGACCAGUAUAUCCGACGGGUCAUUUCCCUGGCCGGUGCCUGGGGUGGAAGCGUGAAAGCUUUGAAGUGCUUUGCCGUGGGUGAUGACCUGGGAGCUUUUGCGCUUAGUGGAGAUAAAAUGCGAGCGGAGCAGAUUACCAAUCCGUCGUUGGCGUGGCUAAUGCCGAACCCAUUACUGUGGAAACCUAACGAAGUGAUGGUGCGAUCCCUUUCCAGAAGUUAUACAAUGGAUCAACUGAAAGAUUUCUUCCAGGAUCUCGAUUACAUCAAUGGUUGGGAAAUGAGACAGGAUACGCUGGAAUAUUCACUCAACUUUACCGCUCCCGGUGUGGAGCUACAUUGCCUGUUCGGUUCUGGCUUCAACACCGUUGAAAGUUUGAACUACGAAAAAACGUACGACUUUUCCGGAAAGCCCACACUGGUGUACGGUGACGGUGACGGGACAGUCAAUCGACGUUCUCUGGAGGCGUGCCGGCAUUGGAGCAGUCAACAAAAGCAGCCAAUUUAUAUGCGUGAAUUUCCCGGAGCUGACCAUAUGACCAUUCUGGCUAAUUUGAGUGUGCUCGAUACUAUCAUCAAAGUGUUGAUGUACGAUUAGGGAUUUAUUCGUCAAUGAAAUGAUAUUGAUUCUCCCACAGAGAGAUUACGAGACUUGAAGCUUCUAAGCGACGUAGUUGGAUAAGUACAUUGAGGUUUGACAUGAGUUCAAAAUUUAUGUGUGCACCGUUAGUUGAUUAUUUACUGUAGUACAGUGCGAGAAAUAAGUAUAAAGACAGAGCCGUUUUCCAUACAAAAUAAUCAUGUUUAGGGAUCAAAAUCUCUUUUUCUAGCGAUUCGAUUGUUAUGGAAUUUUGUCUGCAAUCUUAAAAUAACUAGAAUUUUGGCUAGAAAUAUAAAUCAUCAUCCAUGAAAACGUUUAUAUCGACUUUUCAGAAUCAAAUAAAUAUAAAGACACUUAUUUCCAUAUAAAAAUGUGUCUUUAUAUUUAUUUGAAUCUGAAAAGUCGAUAUAAACGUUUUCAUGGAUGCUGAUUUAUAUUUCUAGCCAAAAUUCUAGUUAUUUUAAGGUUGCAGACAAAAUUCCAUAACAAUCGAAUCGCUAGAAAAAGAGAUUUUGAUCCCUAAACAUGAUUAUUUAGUAUGGAAAACGGAUCUGUCUUUAUACUUAUUUCCCGCACUGUAGUAUAGCACGAUGAUUCCUAGGUAUAAUGUAUAAGAAAGCGUAGACUAUCAUUAAUAGAACAUUGUAGGGAUUACUAUAUUCAUUGUAAAUGGAAGACACAUUCUCUGAGGAAAGGUCACAUCAAAAAGUGACUUAACAAUUUCAUAAAUUAUAUUGCACAUUAAGAUGCGGCUAUUAACGAGAUUGACAAUAUGUAAAGUCGUUGAAUGUAGCUAUGCCAUAAUAAUAGUAAGAGCGAGAAAUGUACAUCAGAGCAGUAGAUUUCCAGGAAAGAACAUCGAUAAUGUUGAAAUAUAAUACAUAAUAAAAGACAGCAACUUUUUUUUUUGUAAUUGUAACAAAAUAUUUGUUGUGAAAAGAGAAGUAAUAAACAAUACAAUUGUUAACCUUGA